GACAGAUGGACGGACGGACAGACAGACAGACAGAGGACAGAAGGGUAGAGUAAGACAGAAGAAGAGGAAAACAGAAAGGAAUUUUGUUAAGACCUGAAAGUAAAAUAGAAGAGAGAACAAAGAAGGAGAACAGAGUGAUAAAAAGAGAGCUGGAAUAUAAGGUGCUAUGUGCUGAUGCUGCCCACCCUCUCACUUAGCAAUUUAUCACCAUCUGUCAGUUUUCCCCUCUAAAUAAGACCCAGUGAGUUAAUGAGACAGUAGUCUGUCUACCUAGCUGUUUGUUUCUUUGUCUGUCAGUCAGUCACUACUGAGUGGGAAAUAACGUGCAGGAAAGCGUGUCCAUCCAUGAAAACUGCUGUCUGUAAGUCUUUAAGUAUAGGUCUGACAGAGUAUCUGUUGACCAUUUAUGACUAUCAGCCUGUGAUUUAGGAAUCACUGUUAAAAGUGACUAACAUAGAAAAACAACAAUAAAUAGCUAUCAUCAUGGCUCCAAAAAAGAAGUCAUCUCGUCCCAAGAAGGCAUCUCCAGAGCCAGCACAGGUUGAGAAUGCAGUGUUCAAUGGGGAGAAUGAGGUGGUGGUUCCUGAAGUGGGAGUUAAAAAACUAGAAUUACCUUUCAACGUCGAACAGCUGAACCGUCUCAAUGGGAUGCCCCUGCUGCCCCCGGUGAUCCGGCCUGGGGAGCGGGGCUUCGGCCUGGGUGGGGAGCUGACUCGACCCCUGCAUGGGUCUGCCCUGCUGGAGGAGCUGAGCCGCAUGAGGCAGGAGCGCUUCCUUACCGACCUGGAGCUGGCCUGCAAGACCAAGGCCUUUGACGUGCACAAGCUUGUGAUGUCCUCUGUCAGCCAGUACCUUCGUGAAGUCCUAGCCAAGGACCCAGGCCUCAAGCGCCUGGAGCUGCCCACCCUAUCACCCUUAGGUCUGGCCAACGUGAUCACUUUUGCUUACCUGGGCCGUGUUCACAUGUCCCUGUAUACGAUUGCUUGCACAGUAUCUGCUGCUUGCACACUCCAGAUCCCCCACCUCCUACAGAUGUGCAUGGACUUCCUGAUGGCUGAGUUGAAUACACACACUUGUGUGUACGUGUGGAACAUCGGUGCUGCCUACGGUUUGGGCCCUGUACGGGAUGCCGCCCGCCGCUUUGUGCUGGAGAAGUUUGGCCAGUUCUCAGAGACACCCCAGUUCACUCAGCUGACCUUGGAGCAGAUCACCGCUUUUCUGCAGGACGACAACCUUGUCCUUCCAUCAGAGGUCACCACCUUCCAGGUGGCCAUGAAGUGGCUGGACUUUGACCCAAAGAGGCAGGCACACGCCUCUGAGCUGCUGUCUCAUGUACGCUUUGAAACCAUCCCUGCCUGCGAGCUAGUCAGUGAGAUCCAGCCUGUUGCUCGCAUGAUGCAGGAUCCUCAGUGUCACCGCCUACUGGUGGAUGCUAUGAACUACCAUUUGCUACCAUACCAGCAGAACACUCUACAGUCCCGCCGCACCAAGGUCCGUGGCAGCCAGACCGCCCUGUUGACCAUUGGAGGACGCCCUUCCCUCACUGAGCGUGCCCUGAGUCGAGAACUACUGUGGAGAGAUCCUCGUGAGGGAGUUGCUACAUGGCGCCAUCUUUCCCAGCUUCCAGCUAAGAGCUUCAACCAAUGUGUGGCAGUAAUGGAUGGCUUCCUCUACGUGGCAGGAGGAGAGGACCAGAACGAUGCCCGAAACCAGGCCAAACAUGCAGUCAGCACCCUCUGCAGAUACGACCCACGCUUCAACACCUGGCUGCACCUGAGCAGCAUGCGUCAACGGCGCACUCACUUCAGCCUAGUGGCCUCCGGAGGGCGCCUGUAUGCCAUUGGUGGGCGUAACACCGAUGGACUGCUGGCCACCACCGAGAGCUACCUCCCAUCCUCCAACAGCUGGCAGCUCCGUGCGCCCAUGGAGAUGCCACGCUGUUGCCAUGCCAGUGCCGUUCUGCCCUCCGGCGACAUCCUGGUGACCGGUGGCUACAUAAGCUGUGCCUAUUCCUGCUCAGUGGCUUGCUACAGUGUGGAGAAUGACAGCUGGAGCGAACAGGCACAGCUGGAGACACCCCGUGGCUGGCACUGCUCUGCCACCCUGGGCGGUAAGGUGUACGUGGUGGGUGGCAGCCAGCUUGGCCAGGGAGGGGAGCGGGUGGAUGUGCUUGCCAUGGAGGUCUUCUCCCCUGAGAGCGGCCAGUGGAGCAGGGCCGCCUCCUUGCCACUGGGAGUAAGCACUGCCGGUGUGGCCUCCCUAGCAGACCAGCUGUAUCUUGUGGGUGGAUGGAAUGAGUCGGAAAAGCGUUACAAGGCAGCCGUCCAGCGCUAUGACCCAGCCACUGACAGCUGGUCUACUGGUGAAGAUCUCCCUGAGCCUACAGUGGGCGUGUCAUGUUGUGCCUUGUCCCUGCCUCCACGCCAUGCCUCUCGCAAACACCGUAACACCCCCAGCCACGAGGAGCAGAGCAACAUGUCUGCGUGAAAUAUGAAGGGAGGAAAGAAGGAGGUAGUAUUUGAUUAGUUGAGGGGUAAAGUUGGAAGAAGAGAUGGAGGAUGGGUGCACAGCUAGUAGUGAGAGUAAGAGUAAAUAAGAAAGGGAAACAUAAGGGAAACUUACUCCUUUACUGUUAAGGUAGACAGUACUUCUGUAGCAAAGAAGGACAUCUAACAAUAAAACACAGGGCCCAUUAAUUCAUAAUGUGAAAGUGAUUGGGCAUGCAUCCCAUGCUGUGUUCUUCAGGUGAGUGUAUGGAGAAAUGAACAUGGUGUGUUUGUAUUGGGGUGGGGGGAUUUGGGAUGAGUAAUUUCUAGAAAUUAAGAAGUACAUUUCUUUGUCAAACUAUCACACUGAAAGUUGAAAAUUUAAAAACUUUGCCAAUCAUGUCUAUUGUUCAAGAGAUAUUUCUAAAAGUAUUUCAGCUGAAUGACUACAAAUUUUAAAAUGUGUGAAUAUACAAUGCCCCCCACAAAACACAAGCAUAAAACAUGACAUCUGAAAUUUCAAAAUUUAGUGCCAUAGUCAUUAUUCUACCUUAUUAAAAUUAUGCCCUGUGGUUUUAAUAUCUUCCAAUGUGACACUCCUCUUCUGCCUGAACAUCUGCAACAUUGGGGGAGACCCUGUGGGGGACACCCUCUAGUGACUGUGGUCCUGUUCACAAGAAUUCCUGUUACCUUUCUAAGAGUACAUACCAGUGAACAUCCUAAAGAGGAAGCUAUUUCAACCAAAGGAGGAAAUUUGAAAUGUGGCACGAAAAGUAGUGAGCUGGAAGGAGAGAUAUGUAGGUGUGAAAGAUACCAGAUUCUCUAGGAUUUCACUGAAUAAAAUCUAAGUCAUCAAAGCCAAAA